AUGAGCGACGCGCGAAGCAGCGAGAGACGCGCCCCGAGCCGUCAUGAGGAUGAGCCUCCUGCCAAGAGGAAAGGUCGGCCAAGAAAGGCAGACCAGACUUCGCAAGGUCCCUCAACUGCCAUGAACCGGGUGCAAGCCAGGAGAUUGGUCAAAAAGUAUCCGGCUCUGAAAAAGACGGGCGACGAUGUGGACGCGUUUUACCGCGAAAUCAUCUCGUGGCGCGUUGAUUCUGGCUGGGAUGCCGAAGAUGAUGAGGCGAUUGAUGCUCAAUGGGAGCGGUGUGGUCAAAGGGCCAAUUCCAUGGGGGGGUUCAAAAAGUCACAACAUUCUGCGCUGUUGACAAUGUUCAAGGUAUGCCUUAGACUGUUCAAGUCAACACCAAUCCAGAUCUUGUCUCCAUACCAUAGCCUUCGGUACUACCCAGUAUCAAACAACGGCUGCGGAAACAGAUGGAUCUACAACAAGACAUUCUGUGACGACUUCACGGCCCUCAUGGUACAUCCAUUCUGGGAGUCAGACACAGAUCUCUUUGCCACGGCCCUGCAAUGGACAGUCAUCUGUCGCCUCGGCGAUGACCGUCUAUGGACUGGCCGACUGAACAAGCCUUGUCCAGCUCUUGACUACGUGUACAGCGAAGUUGAGCGCUGCGAUGAGGCCCAAGUCAGCUUACCCUGCUCGUAUCAUGAAAUGCAUGUAUCGGAAAGGGAUCGUAUUUUGGAGCGCGGAGAGUCACCUGGUGAGUGGUCAGAUCUAUUCUUCCAAAUCGGUGAUCUCGCCUCUAAACAAACUGAAGCCAAGCCUAAAGAAGACUUUCUGAGCAUGCUUGGCCUUCCGGUCUUACCAGUCUCGAUCCGCGAUUUGAGUCUUCUUACGGCUGCCCUAGAUUCCACAGAACUCGGGCCUCAGUGGAACUACAGCGUCAAAGAGGCUUCCCAAGCUUGGAAGGCGGAGAAAUCAGGUGCUGAGUUGCCCGCAAUGAAGGACCUCCCACUUGUCUAUGAGAUUGCUUGGAAGAGCGUUUUUAGACAUGUGAGAGUCGUCAAUCGAACCAGUGAGUCAGACUCUUCAUUACCGUCCAGGGAUGAUGAAGACAUUGCCUCGCAGGACUCGGUUCAUACUCGUGAUGGUGAAGACAACGAGUCUGAGCCAGAAAUAGCUCAUCAACCCCGAGGGCUUCGUCGUCGUCAAAUUGUCGAGGAUGAUUCCGAGAGGGAAGAUGAGUUUAUUCCUCAACCGCCCGAGCGCAACGACGAGGAUGACUUUACGGGUGAUGACUUGGAAGACGAUUUCGGUUUCGACAUGCCUCCCGAGGAAUCCCCACAGAGUACUUCCAGAUUGAAUGUGCUUCGUUCGCGUGGCCCUGUUCUCUCUUCACUGCGAUCCCCGAGGCGUCGUGCACCCUCGGUGUAUCCAUCUUUCCAGGAAGAGGAAAUGGCUUCAGAGAUCAGAUCGCUGAAGCAAGAAAAUGCCAAGCUGUACAAACUCGUACUGGAUGGCCAGAAAGAGCAAAGGGAUUUCAUGCUCAAUGUGAAGACGCAGCUCGAUAGUGUGCAGUCUGAAUUGAGUGAGCUGCGUAAAGCCAAGGAGGCGCCCACUCGAGAUGAUAAUGUGCAGGGACAGGAGGAAAGCCCCAGUCCUCCCCAAGUCACCGCCACAGUCUCUGAUAUCGCUCCCCAAAGCCCUGAUCUGGGCACCACCCCUCGACGAUGUUAA